CCUGUUUGCGCAUAUUAUUGUACGUUGCCACCAUCACGUUUCGAAUCUACUGUGGCGCGUGGCAAGAGAGUUUGACGUAGCCCUCGCGUUUACGCGCGUACUGUUUCAAGCCUGCCAAGCGGGUUGCCUCCAGCUUCAAGGCUGCGAUCGCGAGGCCAGCUGUCAAUUAACUGAGCGCCAACCUCAUACUUCACCUCGACGCUCCCCUCGCCUCUAUGCAUGAUGAGAUACCUUAAGGGCCUGUUGCCCGCCCUCCUGGCUCUAGCACCCCUCGCCACCGCAAAAGACCAGCCGUUCGUCGAGACGACUGGAUUCAAGAACGAGCUCGUGAACCUCCUCUAUUUCGACGAUUCUGCGAUCGCCCUCGUGCAAGAGCUUGAUACCGGGAAGAUAUGGCGGUCCACAGACGCAGGGAAAGGAUGGAAGGAAUUGAAGGAACUCAACGGAAUGGGCAUCAUCAAGAGUCAGUUCGACAACAAGGUUGCGCUGGUCCUGGGCGAGUCCAAACAUUGGAUCACAUACGACCAGGGCGACAACUGGGAUAGCUUCCACACGGAGCUUCCACCAUCGAUGUCUGGUACUGUGGGGUGGCACGCGAAAGAUAACAAGAAGAUAUUGAUAAACGAGUGGGAGAAUUGUAUGACUGCGCCGUGUCUCGGAAGAACAUAUUACACCGAGGAUGGCUUCAAGACGAAACCCAAGGUCCUUAUUGAGGACCGCAAAAUGUGCCAAUGGGCCAUAGGCACCGAACACUUCCUCCCCGACAGCGACAAGCACGAUAAUCGGAUACUGUGCAUAACAAGAGGGAAAUACUCAGACCGCUCGAAAGACUUCAGGCUGAUGGUCUCUGACAAUUAUUUCAAGGACGCGAACGAGCCUGUCAUGUCAUCCGGACGCACCAUCCAAGGCAUGGCAAACAUGGCCUCCGUGAAAGGCUACAUUGUCGCCGCCGCCAAGUCCGAUCACUCGAGCGAACUCUCCCUCUACGUAACGACCGAUACCGAGACCUGGCACCAUGCCGAGUUCGGCGACCACAAGAUCGAGGAAGACGCAUACACUGUUCUCGAGUCGACAAACUACAGCAUCCAGGUCGACGUCAUGACCUCCAAGUACACCGCGAUGGGAAACCUAUACACGAGCAACUCGAACGGAACCUACUUCACCAAGAACGUCGAACACAUGAACCGCAAUGAGGAAGGUUAUGUUGAUUUUGAGAAGAUCUCCAACAUACAGGGUGUGGUCUUAGUCAAUAUUGUCGACAACUGGGAAGAUGUGGAGAAGCGAUCGCAGGCGAAGAAGCUGAAGUCGCGCAUCAGCUUCGACGAUGGAAGGUCUUUUGAGAAGCUGAGAAUCAAGGGCAAAGACAGCGAACUUCACCUACACUCUGUAACGGACAUACACAACAGCGGACGCGUAUUCUCUAGCCCAGCUCCUGGCAUUGUCAUGGGCGUCGGAAACGUCGGCGAGAACUUGGGCAAAUACACCGACGGCGAUCUCUACGUCUCCGACGACGCUGGUCUUACUUGGGAGUUGGCCUUGGAAGAGGCACACAAGUACGAAUUUGGUGAUCAGGGCUCAGUCUUGGUGGCAGUCUUCGACGAAGGCGACACCGACAAGGUCAUGUACUCGCUCAAGCAUGGACGAAAAGACACCUGGAAGUCGAUCGAUCUCGGCUACAAGAUCCGUGCUCGCGAACUCACGACCCUCCCUGACUCGACGAGCUUGAAAUUCAUGCUAUAUGGUUCCAAGAAGAAGGACGGCGGUGGUCGAGAGCACGUCAUCAUUCAUCUCGAUUUUGCUGACUUGCACGAGAGGAAAUGCAAGGAUGAAGACUUCAAAGAAUGGUCUGUGCGCCUAGGGGAGGACGACAAACCCAGUUGUGUCAUGGGCCACAAGCAAUUGUUCCGCAGGCGCAAAUGGGAUGCCGACUGUUUCGUUCAGGAGGUUUUCAAAGAUCCUACACCAUCAUUCAAACCCUGCGAGUGCGACGUUCUCAGAGAUUACGAGUGCGACUUCAACUACGUUCCCAGUGGCGAGGGCAAAGAAAAGAAAUGCAUACCCGCAGACUCUCUGAAGCUACCCAAAGGCGCCUGCGAGGGCGAUGCCAAGACGUACAAGGGCAGCUCAGGUUGGAGGAAGAUCCCUGGAAACCAGUGCACGGGCAAGACAGACAAAGACAAGGAAAUCGAGCACAAGUGUGGCGAUGCUGAGAAGCCACCACCCAAGAACGACAAGAUCACAAGCGAGAUCACCAAGUUCAAGGGCGGCAAUUUUCUGGAUCAGUACUACCUCGAACGCGAUGCGCAGGGCGGCAAUGAUGGCGAGAACAAGAGAGAUCAAGACGAGACAGUGGUUGUACUGACAGACCAGCGCGAGGCUUACAUUACCCACGACCAUGGCAAAAAAUGGAAGAAGGCCGUCGACGACGAGAUCGUCAGGAUCUACCCUCACCAAUACGACAACAACUACGUUUACUUUCUGACCGCUACGCAAAAGGUCUACUAUUCGGAAGACCGCGGUCUGAAGGAUAGCAUACACUAUUUCGAGGCCCCAGUAAUGCCGAACACCCAGAUGCGUCAAAUCAUGCAAUUUCACCCAAAACAGAAGGGCUGGCUCAUAUGGCUCGGAGGAAAGAAUUGCGAGAAACUGGGCAACAAAGACUGCCACACUGUCGCCUAUGUCUCUCAGAAAAAUGGUCUCAAGGAAAGCUGGGAGCCACUCGUUCCGUAUGUCAAGAAAUGCGCCUUUGUCUGGCGCGAAGCUGGACGGAACGUCAAGGAGGAACAAGUCUUCUGCGAGCAGUACACGAACGAAGAGAUGGGCGCCCCUCUGGAGCUCAUCUCAAGUGACGACUGGUUCAAGAAGCUGGAUGUCAAGUUCAAGUCCGUGGUCGAAUUUGCGAUGAUGUCCGAAUUCAUCAUCGUAGCAACAAAGGGUGAUGAUGGCAAGUCUCUACAUCUGGACGCCAGUCUCGACGCCAAUAUCUUCGCCGAGGCGAAAUUCCCUCACAAUUUCUUCGAGCUUCACCAGACCGCAUACACAGUAUUGGACAGCUCCACGCACGCUGUCUUCCUCCACGUCACUGUGAACCCUCGACCUGACCAGGAGUACGGAUCAAUCAUCAAGAGCAACAGCAACGGUACGUCCUACGUGAUGAGCUUGAAUGCUGUCAACAGGAAUACAGAAGGUUACGUCGACUUCGAGAAGAUGCAGGGACUGGAAGGUGUCGCGCUUGCUAAUGUGGUCGUAAACGUGGACGAAGUCAACAACGGAGCCAAGAAAAGGAAGCAGAGCCGUAUCACUCACAACGAUGCUGCGGACUGGGAACCUCUUCAAGCUCCCAAGAAGGACUCCGACAACAAGCCGUACGACUGCGAUGUAGCGGAUACCAACAAGUGCGGACUGCACAUCCAUGGCUACACGGAGCGUUCGGAUCCCCGUGAGACGUACUCCUCGCCCACAGCCGUUGGUCUUAUGCUUGGUGUUGGCAAUGUCGGUCCAGAACUCGGCACGUUUGGUGAAGCCAAUACAUUCAUGACUAACGACGCUGGUCUUACCUGGACGGAGAUCAAGAAAGGCACCUAUGCGUGGGAGUUUGGAGACCAAGGGUCCGUCAUCGCGAUCGUUCGUCGAGGCAAGGAUACGGAUCAUCUAUUCUAUUCUCUCGACAGCGGCAACAAGUGGAAUCUUUACAAGUUCUCACCGCACGCAAUCCGCGUUGACGCCAUUACCACAGUCCCGAGCGACACUUCACUCAACUUCCUCCUCUGGGGUAAGGACGAAAAGGAGCUGGUUGCUAUCAAUGUUGAUUUCUCCGGCCUGCCAGAGUUUGAGAAGAAGUGCGACCUGAAUGAGAAUAAUCCCACGAAGGGAGACUACGAUUUGUGGACACCACAACACCCCAUGCAACAGGAUCAGCCAGACUGUCUUUUCGGCCAUGUAGCACAGUACCACCGCAAGAAGCGCGACGCAAAAUGCAGGAACGGAGAGCGGAUCGAUCACAUUCACGAGAUUGCCCGCAACUGCAGUUGCACCAGACGGGAUUAUGAAUGUGCAUACAAUUACGAGCGAUCAGUCGGCGGAGAAUGCCUUCCCAUCGCUGGUCUGGGUCUGAGCGAUCCUCAAGCCGUCUGCUCCAAAGGCGCAAAAGAAUGGUGGGACAACACACCCUACCGCAAAAUCCCUCUCUCUACAUGCGAAGGAGGCAACGAGUUCGACAAGACCGGCGACGUGCACGCCUGCCCCGGCUUCGAGAAGGAGUUCCAGAAGAAGUACGGCCUAUCUUUCUUCGGUAUCGUCUUCGCCGUCAUCAUACCUUUUGGCAUCGCUGGUGGUAUUGGCUACUACGUUUGGCGCAACUGGGACGGCAAGUUUGGACGCAUUCGCUUGGGUGAAGCAGGUGGUAGCUUUGACAGCGACGCGCUGUGGGUCAAGUGGCCUGUUGCUGCCGUUUCCGGACUUGUUGCCGUUAUCGCGGCCAUCCCGCUGCUGGUGGGUAGUCUGUGGAGGAUGGUGUCUGGCCGGGUUGGCGGCGGAUAUGACGGACGUACGUUUACGAGUAGAAGCUCGUUCGCAAGAGGGAGGGGUGAUUAUGCGGUUGUGGACCCUGACGAGGGCGAACUGCUUGGAGAGGAUAGCGACGAGGAGGUGUGAGCUUGCGGGAAUAUUGCCGAGAUUAGAGGAUGGGGUUGUUAGUUUUGAGCGCGGUUGCGUGAGGGAACACAUGGUCGUCUGGGAAGAUGCUCGGGUAUCCCGUUCUGAGCGUUUUGGUCUGGGAUCCUGACAAUGGGAGGACGGGGGUUGGUUUGGGAUGUGCGCUUCGUACGAUUUUAUGUAACAAUUCAUUGUGUGUGAUUACGAG